AUGACAAAAGUAGUUGGCAAGUGUACAACACAAAAUUUGCUAAAAAGCUUUGGAGGGAUACUUUUAGAAAAAUUGAGUAAGAUUGAAUUAAAUGACGAGACAUUUACAGAUUAUAUUAUUGGAAUAUUAUCAGACGAGACCGUUGAAAAUUCAGAAAAAUAUGAAAUUAUUUCAGAAUUUUUAAUGGAUGCUUCAGAAAAAUCAACAGAUUCGUUGGUUAAAGAAAUCAUAGAUUCGUGGGAAGCGUGGUCAGAAAAAAUGAAAAUUUAUAAAGAAGAGGAACGUUUAGCGCAAUUGGAAUUGGAAGCUAAAGAAAAAAAAAUUUUAGAAUUAAAAAAGUUGGAGCAAGAUUCAGAAAUUACGCAGCAAUCAUUAUCUUCAUCUUCAUCUUCAUCACCAACGACAUUAUCACUACGUGAAACAAAAACAAAACAACUUACAAAAGAGGAACGUAAAAAACGUGAACAAUUGUUAGCAAAAUAUUCAUAUGAUUUUGAUGAAAUUGUAGAGAAUGAAGAUGAUGUGGUAAAAGAUGAAGAGAGAAUGCGUAGAGAAGAAAUGCAGAAAAAACAUGAGUUUGAAAAAGAAAGAAAUCGUUUUGAAUAA